ACCCAGUGCUACAAAAUGCCUGUCUCUGUACUUCGGCUGACAAUUAUCCUGGGACUGCUUGUCUUAAUCCUGACCUGCCAUGCAGAUGAUAAACCAGACAAGUCAGAAGACUCAGGCAAAAACCCAGAGCCAGAUUUCCCCAAAUUUCUAAAUCUCUUGGGCACUGAGAUCAUUGAGAACGCUGUCGAAUUCAUCCUUCGCUCCAUGAGCAGGAGCACGUAAGCACUGAGACAAUCCUUGCUCUCUGUCCACUCUGCUGCUGGUACUGUCUGCAUCAUAUUA